AUAACCGUCAUAAUGUUUACCCGGAAAUGAGAGCAAGCUCUAACAACUGCUGUCAAAAUCUACAAUUUACCGAUUUCUGACUGUUUUUAAUUUUAGUUUAGUAAAAUGAUGAACUACCGUAUAAUCUGAAUGCAAACUACUGACUCAGAAUGUACAGCGGACUUCUGCCCAAAGGUUUAACCGAAGACGACCUCAGUUCAAGUGACGAGGAGGACGAGCAGGAGAAUGAUAUUGAUGAGAGGAAGACGGCGGGUGAGAAGCGUGAGAGCUCUGCUGUGGAAAACAUCAGCUCAGUGGUGGAGUCACGGUCGACUCACAGUGCCAGUGAUGCAGACAGUGAUUCCCCGACAUGCAGUAUGCCUGGUAUAUCUCAGGAAAUGUGGCAAAAAUUCCAGGAUCUGCGGAAGAAGAAUGACGAAAUGAAGUCAAUGAAGGUCCCCAGGAGAAGAAAAAGAAGACGACAUAAGAAAGGAACAGAAAGAGAGGAACCUACAGACACAAGCAGAGAGUGUCAGGAGGAACGGGAGAAGCACUGGGAUGAGCUUAAACAGUAUUUUGGUGUAAAUGAUCGAUUUGAUCCCCCUGCAUGUUCCAAACCCCCUCCAAAGUCCGGCCUAGAAAAGAGCAUAGAGAGGGCCGUAGCUGAAGGCGACAUUGCAAAGGCAGAGGAGAUGAGCGACAGACUCGCCACUCGAGAGCUGGCUGUGAAAAUCGCUCAAGCUGCGGAUUGCCGUGACUUUGUGCAACGCAAACAGGAAGAGGAGGCUUUGAGGGAAGCGCAGAAAAGGAAGAAGCAAAUAGUCUGGGGGUUUGAGGCAAAAAAAAGAUGGGAAACCAAAAGCAACAUGGGCUACAUGUGACAAACGGAAGAAAAAUGGACAGACUGCAAGAUUUUUUUUUUUUUAAGUUAAUUUGAUAAAAGGGAUUUUUUAUUUUAUUUUAUUUUUUUUUAUAGCAAACUGAUCCUGUUUCUUUUGAUUCUCUUUGUAUAUUUUGAAGACUUCACACCAGCAGAGUUUGAGGGGGGAAAAAGUCACAUAGUUGGCUAAGAAAAAACCAAUCCAGCGAGUACAAGAGAGAAAAAAUUAUGAAGCAUUCAAAUUAAUUCCUAAGGCGGCCAUUGGUGUCUGCAUUGUGUUAUUUUUCAUUACAUUUCAGUGAUUUGAGCGUUCCGGCCUUUUUUUCCCCUUCAAAUUAAAUCUGGUGUACAUUACUGGAUGAUGCGUUUAUUUAUUGCUGUAAAGUGGGUUAAUCAUGAAGGCGCUCCUUUCUUCUUCUGAGGAAGAGAAAGGGAAGAUUAGGGCCCUAAUGCAAUGUACAGGAUAAUGUGCGAUAGGAUUUGGGAGUAGAAAAUGAAAUUUGGCUGCUGUAAACUGUUGUGAGUAGUCGUAAACUGGAAGUUGAGUGAACGGUGGGAGGGGGGUGAGACAUGAAACAGAGGCUUUGCUGUUGGCCCUCACCCAUGCUGGGAGACAUGCUAUUGUUUCCCUGCCCGAACAAGAGGCACGCGCUGUUUCUCGAAGCCUACACUCGCCGCUCAUUGUGUGAUGAGCUCUCUUCGGCAUCUGUAAAUUCGUCUUAAAACCGUCGAUUCCUCUCGGUGUUACUUUGAUCUUUUUUGAUCUGCAGCCUUUGCCUCCACAGCAACUCAACACUUCUGAAAUGCUCAUUUAGAUUCCAGGAAGUGUUAAUUGCAAACAGCAUGCAAAAAAGCACAAGAAUGAUAAUUACUUUUAUUCAUAAUGCUUGCUUAUAUUUUUUUCAAUCAUAGAAAAUGAUUGCUUUGCUUCAAGGUAAUGAGAAUUAAAAUUAAUCCACCUAAGUUGUUUGCAUUGCACACUUUUGGGCACUUUGUCACCUGGUGAGGAGCAGUGUUCUCAUAGCUUUGCUGCGUAGGCCGAAUCAGUACGAGGAAAAAUUAGCAAAACAUCAGCAGUAAAAGUUUGUAGGCAAUUACGAUACAAAACACCUGAGCUGAAGAAACCUAGAUAUGACAUGAGUAUAAAAACACAAUUUUUGAAAAGUCAAGUUUUUUCUUAAAAAUUAUUUUACAUUAAAGUGAACCACAUCACUGUGUGUCUGAGUAGCUGUCAGUUGGUGAAAAUGGGUGCUAAUUAAACUAUUAAUUAUCUCUGUAAUGAGAUGCGAGUUAAAACUGUGUUAAGCACAUCAAAGUACGACAUGGGAUUUCUUCACUUUGAUGACUACUAUGAAAAAUAUAUCUUGACUGAAGAGUGAGGAAACAUCAGAGAUGCUUCAUUAAAGGGACAAAAGGAAGCAGAAUUUUGGGGCCUUUGAAAGUUUUGAUAACUCCUCGAGAACAACGCAGUGGUUUAAUAGUCUGUUUUAUUUACAGAGAAUUGCUGGAUGCCAGUGUGAUUAUGGCACCUUCUCAGAGGAGUAUUUCAAGAAAGUUACAUUAUUUUUGAGCUGUCACUGGAUUACAUUUAUCGUCUCAAUAGAACAGCUUGCACGAGUCAGAUGCCAAAAAGCAUGUGUGAGUAUGUGUUUUCCAGCAAGCUAGUAGUUGUCAGUGAACAUGACCGGUGCUGAUCCGAGAGCAGCGCAGCGCCGUAUCAAUAGCAUCUCACUUAAUUAAUCUCUUUGAACACAGGAUAAUGCCUUGAGCAGAUAUGAUUUUGCUUUUAAACUGGAAAAUCCACUUUCCCCUCUCGUCAUGUUGAGGAGCCGUUUUCACUAGUCUGUUACUGGAGGCCGAUCUUAGCCCCUGACCUAGGUUGAUUUGGGAAACGCGGAGACAAAUUCCUUGGGCACAUCUCGAACCACUUUGAGGAAAAGUGUUUGUUGUGCAGAGCGGGGAAAAAGAAACAACAACAGCAAUCCCAUUAAAUGGUUGGAAAGCUGCUAUUGUAUGAAAGGGAACAUAUGUUGCUGGUAACAAGACAUCAGCACUAUCACUUGCUUUUAUCACUAGCUAGAAGAGGAUUAACUCAAAGGAGAGAUCUCUGAGAUGCAGCUGAUAAAGGCUAGCAAUGUUCAAAAACCUCACACCUAACACCAAGUGUAGCUCAGAGAAAUGUAGCUUUGAUUCUGUAUUGUUCUCGUUUUUUGAUAAAAUUUUAGCUGCAAUGUUGUUUUAUCGUGUAACUACAACUUGUUACACAUAUUUCUUUUUUUUUUUAUAAUCCUUCUAAAAAGAGCUUGCUGUCAUUGGAUUUUCCCUGGAUAAGGAAAAGUUUCAAUUAAUUAAAACUAUGAAAUGCUUUGCCUUCAUAAGGGUACUGUAGAUUUUGAAGGGGACAUGUUUUACAUUAAAACUUUGACUUGUUUCAAUCGGAAAACUAUGGUACGAUGGCCUUGAGGGGGCAAAACACAACAACAUUACACAAAGCACAUUAACAACGUGUAGUUGAAAACACAACAACAUUACAGAAAACACGACAUUUCAGAAAAACAUCUUAGACAACACAACAACUCCUCAGAAAACUGAAAUAUUUCAGAAAACACAGUAACAUUUCAGAAAAAAACAACCACAAUUCUGAAAACAUAUUAGCAAAUAAUUGAAUGUCCUUUCAUUUCUAACAUUUUUAUCAAAUAAGUAAUGUUGUCAUGCUCUUUGUUUCGUUUGUGUUCUCGCCAUGUUGUGUUUUGCACAUCAGGGCCACCGUAAAAACCCCGAAAAUGUUAGUUUUCACAUGGGAUAUCAUGUGAAGUAUGAGCAGAUUCCUGCACAUAUGAGGCAUUUUUGCUCCCUUUUUCUCAAAGUAACAUGUUGCAGGAGCGACAGGCAGUGUGGAUGUUGACAUAUUCCUUGGCUGAUUUAAUGACCUGUUUCAUUCUGGCACGUCUGCAGCCCUUUCAGAUGUUUUGCAGUUUUAAUUAGUGUAAUCAUCGCUCUUGAAAAAGGCCACAGGGUUGUUUAAUGGGUCAUGUUUGUCAAGAUGCACAGAAUUAUAACACAAAAGACAUGCCAUUUAUUCAGUGCCACAAUCAUCGAGUGAUUAAGGGUGUCGCAGUUGAUAAUUAGAGAAAGAACUGAUUCAUCUGAAAGCCAAAAUGAACCUCUGUGGUGUGAGGAAAUUAGUUUGACAGUGUUUGGAUGAGCGGUGUUUACACUGCAUUGGUGGCGGUGUGGGAACACUUUACCACUCCAGUGUUAACUGAAGCAACGUGCACACACUUACUGCUGUUUCUGGACGGGAGAGUCAGGAGACUUUUGAUGUGGCAUCUGGAGCAGAAAGUGGGUAUUUCCAGUAAUGACGAGACUUCGCAUGAAAUUAUGAAUAUACUGUUUCACUCUGCAGGCUUGUGUCACAUGAUAAGUAGAGGUUAUGGUUCCAGUUUUCAGGCAGCAAAGUACAAAGUGCACUACACAGUUUCCUCAAACUGUGGGAAUUAGGUCAAGCUAACAUUUACAGUUUGAUAAAGUCUGUUUAAAUGCACUUCCUCCAUAAUUAAAAACCACACUCUAGUAUGUAGGUUAGAUAUACACCCUCUUAAUUGUUUCUUAGUCAGAAACUGCUUGGAAAGCAUCUAUUUUAUCAUUUAACAUAACUUAUAGAACAAAAAGAUGAAAAUGAACUUUCAAUUAAUUUUCUUCUUUUGCUAUCGUGAAAUAAAAAUACUCCCAUGCACAAAUAUGCUGAGCAUGCACUCAUUAUGCAUUCAUCUUCACUCUGCAAACCACAUACUGCAUUUUAUCUGAAUGAAUUAUUAACCAAGUUAAUGAAUAUUUCAUUUUUCUUUAUGGAACCAUUUAACAGUCCCAACAGAGGUAAUGACAUCUUGAGCAGCGUCAAGUACCUGAAAAAAAAGGGAGGAUCAUUCAUAACCAGGUUAAGUUGUGCAACAUACAAGGAUAUAUUGAGAUGUUAAAGCUGCUUUGUGUAUUGUAUUGAAUAAUCGACGUGUGUUACUUUAAGACCUCCCCUUCCCUCAUAGUGUAUAAACACACCUUUACUGGAUAACUUACACUGACCUGGUUUUGUUUCCACACACGCUGACCUGAAAUCCCUUUGUAUCUUAAGAAUGGACACCGCAUGAUCUAGAGCAGCCGGGGGGGAUUUGCACUGAGCAAAUGAAUUUAAUGGUGUAAUUAACAUUACCUUGAUUUGUCCCAGGAAGGACCUCUGUAAGACCAGCUUGUGCCGUAAUUUAUUGCCCAGUUCCUAUAUGAAGAACACUCACCUACUGUAGAGAAGGUAAUUACAAACACUGGCUUGAUUAGAAGGGGGAAGAGGUUGCACCAGACUUGUUAUUGAUCAAUUAAUACUGGUAAUACUGUAGUUAUACUGCAACAAGACAGUGGCAGUUUAAAGUACAUUGAAUUAACCCUCAGAUGUAUGGGUCACUUGAACAUUGUAGGUAAUCUGAACCUACACUUCUCCAUGAGUAGCUGACAUUAUAAAUUAUAUUUAAAAAAAUGGCCCACAUUCUAAAUACAAUUUUUUGGUCAUACUAAAUAUAAGCUACUAUACAAUUCCUUUUUUUUGUUUUUUUAUUUUUGGUAAUAUCUGGGUUAUUUAACCUGUCAUUGAUCCACCAUCAUAUUGUUAUUUUUGGCACAUCAAUAUAUAUGACUGUAAAAUUAUGAACAGAUAUGCUAUACUAUAGUACAAGUCUCUCUAAAAUGUGGUACCUAGCUAGCUAAGCAGCUAAGCUACAGAGCUAAAUUUACAACAAUUACUGUACAGGAAUGUUAGUUAACUGUAAAUUAGGCAAAUAUGUCUGUAAUACAAAAUACUCUAACAUAAUUGUAAUCAAUGUGUAAAACAGCUAUCGAUUGUCUAAAAUUGUCUCUUAGUCAAAAAUAAUGUAUAAAGCAUAAAGGUCAUUUUUGACUUUUGGAAAGCUGAGGUUAUGAUACAAUCACUUAAUUUUCUGAAAACAUAAAAUAGAUAAAUAAAAUAAUUAAAGGAGGGUAUGAAAAACAAGGGUAAUACUUGGUAUAUGACAUGCUGAAAUAUUUUUGUCACCAAAAUAUUUAAAAAGAAAAUACUAGCUAUAUUAUUUUUGAAUUUGAUGCAU